AUGGUGAAGACAGCAAAUAGGAUGGUUUUUAUUUAUGUUAUAUCAUUUUAUUACAGCUUCUUGUUUUGCUCAGCUUCUGACGCCAUAACCAUUGACAGGCCCCUAAGCGAUGGUGAGCUUCUUGUUUCUAAAGAAAGCAAGUUUUCUCUUGGGUUCUCUACUCCUGGAAAAUCUAGUUCUCGUUACGUUGGAAUUUGGUACCAUAACUUGCCAAAGCAAACUGUUGUUUGGGUUGCAAAGAGAGACAAUCCAAUUAGCGACACUUCUGGAGUUCUCUCUCUCAGCCCAAGUGGAAAUCUCGUUCUCCAUCACAGCUCAACCAAAAACAUCCCCAUUUGGUCCACAAAUGUUUCUUUCACUGUUCCAAAUACAACAGUUAUGGCUCAACUCUCUGAUACAGGUAAUCUUGUUCUGAUUCAAAAUGAUUCCAAAGUUGUGCUGUGGCAAAGCUUUGAUCAUCCCACAGACACUUCUCUUCCACAUGCCAAACUGGGUUUCAACAAGAAAACUGGUCAAAACUGGUUCUUGCAGUCAUGGAAGACCGAGGAUGCUGAUCCUGCUACAGGAAGUUACUCAGCUAGAUUUAAUACUUUUGGGAAAGCUCAGUUAUUUCUGUACAAAGAAAACGCUCCGUUGUGGGAGAAUGAUAAUGAGAUUGAAAUCACGUAUAAUGCCGUGGACAACACUUCCAUCUUCAUGACCGUAGCUGUUCCGUCAGGAUUCUAG